UCUAGAAAUUGAGUUAUAGAAGAAGAGCGCCAAAUUCCAAUGGAGAUAAGGCAAUCCCCCUUUGACCCAAUCGUGUGGUUCUUAUACUGAAAGCUUCUGAGAUAGAGAGAGAGAGAGAAGGAGGGGAUCUACAGCAAAGAAUCUUCCGUAAACCCUAAGCCAUGGCUGCCCUUCAAGUUUCUUUGCUCUGCAAGUCUUCCUCUUCUCAACUUUUCCCUCCACGUCUCUUCUGGGUUUCUUCAUCCGUUGCCUGCCGUCCUCAUUCACUUUCAUUUAAUUUUCCGCCUUAUCUAUCUUCCCAAAAGCUCCGAUUCUCCCGCUCAAGAUUUGUUUUUUCUUGUACAUUGAAUUCCAGUAAUGUACAUUUCGGCACUGAACCCACUUCAUCUUCUAAUGGUUCUUCGAUGGAAGCGGAAGAAUCACAAGUCUUGGAUAUUCGGAGUGAAUUGGCAGAAGAUAAUUUGGGGGGUGAAUCUGAACUAUCAUUAUCGGAGGCUGAAGGAUUGGGGAGUGUUUCUGAGAUUGAGAGAGAUACUAGACCGGCAAAUUUAUCAGAAAAUGUGAACUCAUUUAGCAAACUGCCUGUAUUGGUUUUCUUUAUUGGUUUGUUGGCGACUGCAAGGAAAAGAUUAGAGCAAAUAUGGCUGUCGGAUUGGUUUAGCUGGUGGCCAUUUUGGCGGCAGGAAAAGCGGCUGGAGAAGUUGAUUAUCGAUGCUGAUGCAUAUCCAAAUGAUGCUAUAAAGCAGAGCGCUUUAUUGUCUGAGCUCAAUAAACAGAGUCCAGAGGCAGUCAUCAAGCGCUUUGAGCAAAGAGAUCAUGCUGUUGACAGCAAAGGGGUGGCAGAAUAUAUUCGAGCACUUGUGGCAACAAAUGCCAUAGCUGAAUACCUUCCAGAUGAGCAACUUGGAAAACCUUCUAGUCUUCCAGCAUUGUUGCAAGAGCUGAAGCAGCGUGCAUCAGGGAACAUGGAUGAGCCAUUUAUGAACCCCGGUGUAUCUGACAAGCAGCCGUUGCAUGUGGUGAUGGUUGACCCUAAAAUCUCAAACAGAUCCUCACGCUUUGCUCAAGAACUCAUCUCAACCAUCUUGUUCACUGUUGCUGUUGGUUUAGUUUGGGUAAUGGGUGCUGCUGCAAUCCAGAAGUAUAUUGGUAGCUUGGGGGGAAUAGGGGCAUCAGGUGUUGGAUCAAGUUCAUCUUACACUCCUAAAGAGUUGAAUAAGGAGAUCAUGCCCGAAAAAAAUGUUAAAACAUUUAAGGAUGUAAAGGGAUGUGAUGAUGCCAAACAGGAGCUUGAGGAAGUCGUGGAGUACCUCAGAAACCCUUCAAAAUUCACCAGACUUGGUGGGAAAUUGCCUAAGGGUAUUCUUUUAACUGGACCACCUGGAACUGGGAAAACUCUUCUGGCUAAGGCCAUUGCAGGAGAAGCUGCAGUGCCUUUUUUCUAUAGAGCAGGAUCUGAAUUUGAGGAGAUGUUUGUGGGUGUUGGUGCCCGACGUGUGAGAUCUUUGUUCCAAGCUGCCAAGAAAAAGGCACCUUGUAUCAUUUUCAUUGAUGAAAUCGAUGCAAUUGGUUCCACAAGAAAGCAAUGGGAAGGCCACACAAAGAAAACAUUGCAUCAGCUACUUGUUGAAAUGGAUGGAUUUGAACAAAAUGAGGGCAUUAUUUUGAUGGCUGCCACAAACCUGCCUGAUAUACUUGAUCCAGCUUUGACUAGACCUGGUAGAUUUGACAGACAUAUUGUUGUUCCUAAUCCAGAUGCGCGGGGUCGCCAAGAAAUUCUUGAGCUUUACUUGCAAGACAAACCAUUAGCAGAUGACAUCGAUGUGAAGUCAAUUGCUCGUGGUACUCCAGGGUUCAAUGGGGCUGACUUAGCAAACUUGGUAAACAUUGCUGCCAUUAAGGCUGCUGUUGAUGGAGCUGAUAAGGUAAAUGCUUCACAAUUGGAGUUUGCCAAGGACAGGAUAAUAAUGGGCACAGAGCGGAAAACUAUGUUCAUCUCGGAUGAGUCAAAGAAGCUCACUGCAUAUCAUGAGAGUGGGCAUGCAGUUGUUGCCUUCAAUACUGAUGGUGCACAUCCAAUUCAUAAGGCGACAAUCAUGCCACGUGGAAAUGCAUUAGGAAUGGUUACACAGCUCCCUUCUAGUGAUGAAACAUCAAUUAGCAAGAAGCAGUUGUUGGCCCGACUUGAUGUAUGCAUGGGAGGAAGAGUUGCUGAGGAGCUCAUCUUUGGUCAAGACCAUAUCACAACUGGUGCAAGUAGUGACCUCAGCACAGCAACAGAGCUUGCUCAAUACAUGGUAGCGUCUUGUGGGAUGAGUGAUGCAAUUGGACCAGUUCACAUUAAAGAGCGGCCUAGUUCAGAAAUGCAAUCACGCAUUGAUGCUGAAGUUGUAAAACUUCUAAGGGAUGCAUAUGAUCGCGUGAAAGCCUUACUAAAGAAGCACGAGAAAGCACUACACGCAUUAGCGAAUGCGCUGCUGGAGUAUGAAACGCUAAGUUCAGAAGAUAUAAAGAACAUCCUUCUUCCCUACCAAGGCGGACAGAUAUCAGAGCAGCAACAACAACAGCUUGAGGAGGAAGGUGAGCUCACUUUAGCAUAAUAUUAGAGGCUUUGUACAGCAGAAGUACACUCGCUAAACAAUUAUUCAAAAAAAAGGCAAGUAGAAUAUGGAAAGCCUUGCAAUUUCCUCCAUUGUUGUAACAUUCUGUUGACUUGGCCAUAUUUUACUUUUUCUCAUUUAAUUAGGUUUUGUUUAGUUUAAAUUUUCUGAGUGUCAGGUUUUUGUUUCAGUUAGCUUUGAAAGUAGUAGUAGUAAUAAGGAUUAAUGAAGAAAAUCUCUAUUUAUUUAUUAUAUAUAUAAAAAAAAACAGCACAAAGUCAA